AUGCCCUCUCCACGGAAGAACUCUGUACAGUUGGGUCCCGCCGCUGCUGCUGCUGCUGAGGAAGAGGAAGAAAGCUCGCCGCAAGUCGAUUACGGAGAAGAAUGGGAGGAAAUUGAGCGCGAAGAAGAGCAGUCUAGGAUUGCUGCGGGCCGACCGAAGAAGAAGUCGUCCAGUAAUCGCAAGCCCCGGCUGAACUUAUGGGAUGACUGUGAAAACAUGCCGGGAGCUAAGCCUAACGCCACACCAGUUCAACGGGAAUAUUUCGAGUCCCGCUGUUUGAAGGUUUGGAAGGAAACAGCAAAGGAGAGUAAAGCCCAUGAACAGGAACGCUCACGGGAGAUUGAGCGGGAGGAGGCUGAGUGCCUUGAAGAUGAAAUAACAGAUCUUUUCGAGAUGUUCCCUCUAUUGGAUUCGGCUCUCAUUCAAGACAUUUACCUCUGCAGUGAUCGAGACUGGGAUACUACAGUAGACACUCUACUGAAACUAAGUGGAGAGAGCGAGGGACUGGACGCCCGAGUGAGCAAGCCGCCACCAAGGAUGGACGAUGAGAACGAAUUCCCUCUUCUUGUGGGGAAGGACGAUUGGCAGGUUGUCCCGCGGUACAUAUUGGAGGAAGGGAAGGAGGAUACUGUCUCGUCGUCGCGGCCCACUGAGUCUACUUCCUAUCUCGCUAAAGUGGGCCUUUGUAUGGCUGAGCGGCGACCAGAGACCGAUAAUUGUACUAGUGAGGAGGAGUCGUCCUCUUCAGGGGACGAGGAGGUCACUUGGAAUGUGAAUGAGAGAGAGAAAAGGGUGGUUAUUCAGAAGUCUGCUACCGCUUUGAAGGAUGAUGAGUUCUGGAGCUCGAACUUACACGACACGUGGGAGGAGGAUCCCGAUGAUAGCAGCAUCUCGUUCGACUCUGAGGAUGAGGAGGAUGCGCAAUGGCAAGACGUGGGUGAAUCUAGCAUGUCGGAGGCAACCUCUGGUGUAGAGGAGGAGGAGGGGGGUAACAAUGAGGAGGAGGAGAGUGAUGAUAGCUCAAAACGCAGACGGAAACCGAACAAAUAUGUUGAUCCGGCGCUACAGCCCAAACGGAAGAAGGCUCGGAAGGCCUCAGCUGUAGAGAAAAGGGGAAGGAAAAGCAGCGAGGAGGCGACAAGUACUCCGUCCUGGGAGGAAACAUCUAAUAAAAAGCCGGUAUCGGCUUCCAGAGGCGUCCGCGGUGUCACCACUAGAGAUACUACCCGAGCUCAGACGGUGGACUCUAGUAUUAGAGAAACGGAUAGGAUGCAUAGUCAAGAGGAGCGGAGGAAGGGUAGAAAGGAAACCAAAAAGAAGGAGACCAAGGACAAGUGGCCGAGCUAUGAUGAACUCAUUGACGAGGCCCUCCAAGUGGAAGUAUGGAACACGAGACAACUCAUCGACUAUAUCAGCUAUGAAAGGGAACUCGAUAAGAUGGGCCAUCAUCAGAGUGCCGCUGUGAAGGCUAAGAAGAAGGCCAGGGAGACCACACCUCUAGUGCGUUGGACCAACAGUGCGUCAAAAGUAAGGGGAGAAGUAAUUGAGGAGUUGUCCUUUCAUAACGGUGCGGACAUCUCUGCAGCAUUUCCGUCUCCGUCGGCUUCCCCCGUAGAGCUGUCUCCAUCACAGCGACGGAAGUACCGAGAGCCGUUCACCGGCGAGACAUUCGAUACGAUAGAGGAGUACAAGAGGCUUCGAGAAAAGGGCCAAGCGAAAGAGCUGGUCGAGUUUGACCGAGCCUUGAGAGUCUUAGAGACCUAUUGUGUUAAUACUUGAUGACUUUGU